AUGCUUAGCUCUGCCCAUGCCGGCCGCCGAAAUGCGCAGCUGCAAGUCUCCUGUCUGGAACAGGAGGCCAGAGCAAGGCUGAACGAGUAUGCGAUGACUACGGAGGUGAGGGAGCGCAUGAAUCGCUGUGUUCACGCUCUGGAGGAAGUUGUUACCUCAUUGGGCCCGAAUUGGCGUGUUAGCCCUUUUGGCAGUGCCGCCAACGGCUUUGGUACAAAGUUCUCGGACCUGGAUGCAACGUGCUAUGAGCUUCCCGAGGAGGGAAAGGAACCAGAGCAACAGCAGCCUGCAGCUGAAGUUCUGAGUGAGCGUCUCGCGCCCUUGUUGCGCAAGCACAAGUCGUUUGACAUCGCGCAGGAGGUUUUACAUGCUCGCGUGCCCAUCUUGAAGCUCUGCUUUGAGGGCAAGUUGGAGGUGGACCUCUCGUGCCACAAUACGUUACCCUUGCAGAAUACCAAGUUGCUGAAGGCAUAUUCCACCCUGGAUGACAGGGUAAAGGAGCUGGUGAUCCUGGUGAAAUUGUGGGCGAAGGACAGAGGAGUUUGUGGUGCUUCUCGCUCACACUUGUCGUCCUACGCCCUGACGCUGAUGGCCAUCUACUUCAUGCAGGUGCACCCAAAGAUCAGCCUGCCCAUGCUGCCCCCGCAAGCUUUCAAGGACGACAGCCACGUCGACGUCGGGGCCAAGGUGGAGGCUGCCCGCAGCUCUUGGUCAUGCAAUCUCAGCCUGGGACAAUUUGUCCUGCGGUUCUUCAACUUCUACAGCCUGGAGUUCAGCUGGGGCUCCGAGGUCGUUUCUGUUCGUCUUCCAAACCGCCUGGACGCAUCUGAGAAUCAUCUGGUGAAACUGAAGGGAAGGAACUUCCGAAGACUGCACGUGGAGGAUCCCGUCGACGAGACACGCAACCUCAAUUGCGUGCUUGGCGAUGCGCAGGAGAUUGAACUACAACGAGCUUUGGCGGAGACAUAUAGCCGCCUGCAAGCCAAAGAGCCGGUGAGCUUGGGCACUCCGCUUGAGGAGACUCAAUAUGCUGGAGCUGACCUUGCGUCCAGCCCCGGGCGCACUGUCACAAUCAAGGUCUUCGAGCACCUCCUGCAAAGCUGUCCCGAGGAGGCAGAUCUGCCCCCUGCCAUCAUGGAGGCGGCCCACCGCCACGAGGCCGAGAACCUGAUCAAUAUCCGGCAGCAUAGCCUCUCAGAGGCGAGCACUGCUGCUAGCUGCGCUUCUAGCACUGAUGAGGAACAUGGCGCGGCACAGGGAGAGGGGGAGAACUCACCUCGGAAUGCCCACUUUCGGCGUGGCAACGGAAAGGAGAAGCUUCGCCGCGGAAGUGGUGCAGAGGGCUCCCCCGACGGCUAUGUUGUUGCAGAGGCUGCCAGGACCAGCCCGAUUCUGCAAAUGCUGCAGCAGAAGCCGGAUCCGGAAAUCACACCGGAAUUCACAGGGCAGAUGGCCGGUCUACAGCUGCUCCAGAUGAUUCGCCACGAACAGCCAACGGCCGAACCGGAGCAUGGGCCCAUCCCAGCGCAGCCGCCUGCGCAGCGCGCAACCCGACGUACCAAGAUGACCAACAGCAUCAUGGCGAAGGUGAUGCAGAGUUGUGAGGCCCAAAACCACAAGAGCGAUGUUGAAGAGAAGGUGUGGCAGUGA